AUGUCACUAUCUAGCCAUUACAGCUGGCGUGCUCUUCAAAUUGGCUACUCGAAUCGACAGAGUCCUACGCAUAGGCUCUCGAAUGAGUCCAGGGCAUUCAACAUGCUAGGAGACGCCAUCCUAGACCUGCUACUCCCAUCCCUCAUCCUGCUGCAAUUGUUCGCAGCCCCUUACACGAAAGUUGAAGAAUCCUUCAAUAUCCAAGCCACGCACGAUAUCCUGGCACAUGGAAUACCUUUCGUCAACAGCACCGAGAGUCUAGCCGCCACAUACGAUCAUGUCUCCUUUCCGGGCUCCGUUCCAAGAACUUUUGUAGGCGCUGCCAUUCUCGCAGGCAUUGCCAGCCCAUUCCGGGCCUUUUUUGGAUCUCAAGAGAGUAUCCAGCUCCUCGUCCGAGCGAUUCUGGGACUGGGUAAUGCUGCUGCGCUGUGGUCUGUAAAGAAUGCAGUGGACACGGCAUAUGGCAAGACGGCUGGUCGAUGGUUCAUCUUACUGCAGUCUAGCCAAUUUCAUGUCGUAUUCUACGCUUCACGAGCUUUGCCGAAUAUGUUCGCUUUCAUCUUGACCAACCUGGCAUUGAGGAGCUUGAUUCUGGUCAAAGCUGUGGCGUGGAAGACUAAUCGCAGCUCGAAACGGAGACGACUUGCGCUCUACUUGCUCACUGUGGCGGGAGUGAUAUUUCGGUCUGAAAUUGCUAUUUUGCUGGCUACGGAAACGAUAUAUCUCCUCUAUCAACAGAGGAUAUCAUUCGCCAAGGAGAUCGUCCCUGCCGGCGUCGCAGGUCUUAUACUCGGUCUGUUGACUACCGUUUCUGUCGACUCCUUCUUCUGGCAACAAUGGCCGCUCUGGCCAGAGUGGGUUGGUUUCUACUAUAACACGGUUCUGGGCAAAUCAUCCGAGUGGGGGACGAGUCCGAUGCACUUCUACUUCCUCAAUGCCAUACCGCGGCUGUUACUCAAUCCCAUGAGCUACCUGGUCCUCAUCCCAUUCUCGUUGCAGAGUCACAUCAGCAAAGACAUCCUGAUCCCACAAAUCGCCUUCAUCGCCAUAUACAGCCUCCUCCCACACAAGGAAUGGCGCUUCAUCAUCUACACCAUCCCCGCCUUCACGGCCGUAGCCGCAGGGGGUGCAGGAUGGAUUUGGACCCGCAAAGCAAAGUCGACCAUGUACAAGCUUCUGAGCCUCCUCCUCCUCACCACCACUUUAGUCUCAUUCGCCAUCAGCUCCACACUCGUCUACAUCUCCAGCCUCAAUUACCCCGGCGGCCAAGCCUUAUGGCUCCUCCACCAAAUCGAACCCGAGUACCGCGUGCCCGUCCACGUCUAUCUCGACAACUUGGCCUGCCAAACCGGCGUCACCCGCUACCAGCAAAUCCGCGCGCAUUGGAUCUAUGACAAAACCGAGCAUCAGGAAAGUCUACUCGACCCCAUGUUUUGGCAACAAUUCGAAUACGCCAUUGUCGAGAAUCCUGCUCGGGUCAUUGGAAGUUGGCAACGAAUGGCGACCGUGAGUAAGUUUGCGGGCAUCACGAUCCUUCGACCGGGAGAAGACGAGGUCAAAGAUCGUGUGGUGCUGUUACCCAUGACGCCUGCUUGGGGCCAAUUCGGAUUCCGUCUGCAAGAGAAGUAUUUGCGAGUCGUGGAAAUUGCGAGACGGUUUGUCACGGGAGGGUAUUGGCCUGCGGUGAAGAUGGAACCUUCGUUAUAUAUUCUUUGGAGGGAACCACCGCCUCGUGUGAGAGAAGGGUUUCCUAUGCCGCCAGGAUAGGUGGAUGUAAUUUACUCUGCGAUGUUUGAUUCUUUGAGCAUGAAGUAGUUGAGAAACACGGCAUACUCAGUAAGAGGUAAAAUGCGGCUGCUGUCGAAUUCAUGGUCGGCCCAAAAAUGUAAAGAUGUACAGUAUAUAUAGCCUCGACGAUAUAUUGUGUCAUUCAGUACCAUAUGCGGGUAUAUCUAGCUAGCAUAUCUAGCUAGCAUGUAAUGUCCAUGACAGAUAUCUAUCUCUAUGAAUUUGGCCUUUCGGUACUACUACAACAGGCGACGCAUCAUCCAGGAAUUUGCACUUACUUCCUCCGACAAGCAUAUUGUAGCACUUACAGCAAUGGGUUGGAGCGAUACUCUGGCGCCUCGCCAUUUGUGGGUGGCUUUGCACCAUUGUCGCCCUCGGGACCAUCUUGAGCAAGUUCGUGCUCGGCGAGGAAUUUCUCGGCUUCUAGAGCAGCCAUACAGCCAGAGCCUGCUGAUGUGACAGCUUGUCGGUAUUUCUUAUCCUGAACAUCGCCUGCAGCAAACACACCAGGUACGUUCGUCUCAGUCGUGCCAGGCGUAGUCAGAAGAUAUCCAUCCUCGUCCAUGUUCAACUGUCCCUUGAAGAGAUGUGUGGCUGGGUCGUGUCCGACAGCAUAAAAGAGUCCGUUCGCGGGAAUCUCCUCCUGCUCGCCAGUCUUGUUGUUCUUGAUGACCAUGCUCUGCAUCAAUCCUCGUGGACCGUCUUCUCCCUUGAUCUCCACGCCUUGCGAGUUCCAUUUAAUGUCCACCUUGGGGUGCUCCUUGAGUCUCCUCGCGUUGGCCUUGCUUGCUCGCAGCUCGUCUCUGCGGACCAACACCGUGACUUUGCUGGCCUUCUUGGUGAGGUAGAGAGCCUCUUCCACGGCGCUGUCACCACCUCCAAUCACGACCAACGGCUUCUCGCGGAAGAUGGGAAGAGAGCCGUCGCAGACUGCACAUGCAGAAACACCAUUUCCCCAGAACUUCUCCUCGCCGGGCAGAUCCAAUCUCCUCGCCUUGGCUCCCGUCGCGAUGAUGAUGCUGUCGGCAGUGUGGGUCUCGGGCUCGAGUGACUCCUCGUCGCCCAUGGGAUGUAGCCAAAACUUGAACGGCCUCGAGCUAAAGUCUACCUUGCCUACAGUCUGGCUGACAAUCUCGGUUCCACACGCCUCGCUCUGCGCGCGCAUGUUGUCCAUGAGCGUAGUGCCCUUGAUCAUCUUGAAGCCGGGAAAGUUCUCCACUUCAUCGGUAGUGGUCAGCUGUCCACCGGCAGCGAUGCCGAGCGCGAGGAAACCCUCGUACAGGACGGGUUUGAGAUCUGCACGAGCAGCAUAGAUGGCGGCGGUGUGGCCUGCGGGGCCCGAGCCGAUGAUGACAACCUUGGAGUGUGUCAUUCUGGCGGUUUGGCUCAGGAUGGGCGAGGUCGAAACGGGAGAAGCGGAGGCGGCGGUGGUGGUGGUGGUGGGGUGGGGCUUG